UGCUGGUCGCAGCAGAGGCACGUUCAGGUCGCAAGUUCAGUGGAAGACAUUUGGAGCUUCCGUAGUUCGCGGGAUCACGCACCAGUCGACUACAGAGAGAGAAAGGUUCUGUCCAACAUGUCCAGUGUCGACACCACCACCAGCGGCAGCGGGGCAGCCCCAAAGACGAGCUACUUCCGCAAACACAAUCUAUCUCCAACUCAGUACGCCUACCUGGGUCGCCUUCAUCGGGACGGAGAGCCUCGCCGGUUCGCGUACUGUCGCAUCGAGGGCACCCGUCGGCCCGGGGUUAUGUAUGUGCCCGGAUACUUCUCCAAGAUGUACAUCGCCAAAGCAAACAUCAUCGAAGAGUUCUGCCUGAGAAACGGAUAUCCGUUCCUGAAGUACGACGCUGAGGGUAUUGGGGAGUCCCGCACCACCCAGCAGAGGGAGGUGUCGUUCUCCGCAUGGUUCGAAGACGCCUGCCACGCCCUGGAGCAUCUGACCACAGGACCCCAGAUCCUGGUCUCUUCCAGUAAUGGAGCCUGGAUGUCGCUGAUGCUGGCCGCUAAGUACCCCGAGCGGGUCCACAGCAUCCUGAUGCUGGCUCCUGCCGUCAACCACGGCCUCGACGACGACCUCUUCGAGACGCUGCUGCAGUCACUGGACCCCGAGACGCAAGCGCGUGUGGAGGCUGGUGAGGCGGUCCGCUUCAAGGCCAACUGGGGUGUCGAGGUUACCUGUUCGAAGCGGUUCCUACAAGAGAUGAAGGACCAUCGUAUCGACAUCGACAAGCCGCUGGGGGUGCAGUGUCCCGUGCGAAUCAUCCACGCAAUGGAGGACGACUCUGUGCACUGGGAAAACUGCUUGGAUCUUGUCCGAGCCGUGCCCCACAAUGACGUCCGUCUGUACCUGAAGAAGCGUGGCAACCACCGUCUGAUGACGGAGGAGGACUUCCACCUGCAGAUGGUGGCUCUGCAGGAGCUGCUGGACAAGUACCCGGUGCCUGGAGACCUGCCGCCGCCUCCUGCUCCUGUCCCGAAGGAGGAGGAGGAGAAGGCUCCUGCGUCAGGACCGCCACGGGAGAUGGCCGCCCUGCCACAGAGCCUGAUGCAGAACUUGUUUGGGGAGAUGGGUAAGAGGAGGAGCAUUGCGAACAAGAAGGGUGGUGCUCUUAAGAGCAAGUUGUAGCGGAGUUUGAAAGUAGAAAACGAAAAGUGUAUUUUUUGUAUUGUGAGCCCACAGGUGGAAAGUUCGUGAUGUGAAAUGUGUUCGUAAGUUGCUCAGUGAUAUGUAUGCUAUUCUUGAGAAUUGAAAAGGUGAAGAAGCCUUAGUGGUUCUAUUAGAAUUGCUCCGACUUAAGGACCGCAAAAUGUUGACCGCGAUAAGUGUAUGAAGUGCCUUAGCUGUGCUAUUUAUUGUUACUGUGCCCGUUGUUAUGCAUUAUUGUAUAUCAAAUUGUUUGAAAAUGUCAAGCCAUUUACGUUGUACAUAAAUGCGUCCGUAACAAAUAUUAACUGAAGACGCAGUGAAUGAACCCAAUGACCGAAGUAACUGCAAUACUCAUGGCGUUAGUCGGUUUCACUGUGAAUAUGACAUCAAAAUGAGAAAAUAAAUACUAACUGGUAACUAAUUAUCGAUUUUAGUGCGACAGAAUGUGCUCCAUUGUGGUGGACUUCGCCGUUGUACUGACAACAACGGUGCCUACGGUACGGGCCGGGUAAAAUGACAAAAUGCCGAACCUCAACAACUUUUUGGGUAUAAUACACAUUAUAUUGGCCAA